CUUCCCUACUGACCUGUCUACGGUCUCGGUCGAUUCUUCUCCUCCUCCUCCUCCUCCUUCCUCUUGUUGUUCUUUCUCGUCUUGUACUCCGUACAUCUCUAAUUCCUUAUAAUCCGUCACUCUCCGCAGUAGGGAAGCAUUGUACUGUACCGCUGGCGACCUCCCGUUCGUUUCCUUGUCGGUCCUUUCCGUCGAUACUGCCAUCAAGCAAUAUGUCGCACCCUAACAUUGAUGAACAAAUUCAAAUAGACACCAGCGAUGACAACGACUCCCUCCUGGACGCGCAGUCGAUCGUCGGCUCGAACCUGACCAUCUCCUCGACCGUGCGCGACUAUUGCUUCGAGAACGGCCGGCGCUACCACGCCUACCGCAACGGGCAAUACCCGAUGCCCAACGACCAAGAGGAGCAGGACCGGCUAGCGCUGCUGCACCAGCUCUUCAAGAGCGUCACGGGCGGCGAGCUGCACCGCGCCCCGGUCCUCCUCCGCCGCGGCGCCGCCGCCGCCGCCGCCGCCGCCACGCCGCACCCGCGCCCGCGCCCGCAGCGCGUGCUCGACGUCGGCACGGGCACGGGCAUCUGGGCGCUGGACGUGGCGGACGCCUACCCGCACGCGGAGGUCGUGGGCACCGACCUCAGCCCGAUCCAGCCGCGCUACACGCCGCCCAACUGCUCGUUCCUGAUCGACGACGCCGAGAGCGACUGGGCCUUCCCGCCCGAAGAGGCCUUCGACUACAUCCACGGCCGCUCGCUGGGCGGCUCCAUCGCCGACUGGCCCCGCUUCCUGCAGCAGGCCUACCAGCACGUCCGGCCCGGCGGCUGGGUCGAGAUCCAGGAGUUCGAGACCUGGAUCCGCUCCGACGACGGCACCGACCGGCAGGCCGUGCUGAUCCACGAGUACCAGCGCAAGCUGGACGAGGCCAGUCGCAAGUUCGGGCGGCGCAUGAACAUCGCCGCCAGUGUGCGCGGCUGGAUGCAGGACGCCGGGUUCCAGAAUGUCACGGAUGAUACGUAUAAGUGCCCGCUCGGCCCGUGGGCGAGAAACCCGCAUUUCAAGGAGCUCGGUCGCAUGGGGAAGGCGGCCUUCUUCGAUACGAUCGAGCCGUAUUCCCUGGCGUUGUUGACCCGCGUCAUGGGGUACACGUAUGAGCAGGCGCAGCAGUAUGCCCAGGACGUGCGGCAUGAGUUGGUCCACGGCUCGUUUCACAUCUAUACCCUGUUCCACUAUGUGUACGGGCAGAGACCGCUGGAGAGGGCUAAUGGUGAUGACCGUGGUGGCGGUGACGCUGCUGCUGCUGCUGCUGCUGCUGCUGCUGCUGCUUAUGAUAACGAUGCUGAUGACGAUAAAUGAUGUACAUAUAUGUAUAUGCCAUUGUAAUGACCGGGAGUUGUACUGUACAUAGCAUGGGUUGAACUGAGCGGGCUCGUACUUUUCACUAUCGAUUGACUCUUCCGCUCAAUUGGGAGGAUACUUUGCUGUUCUGAAG